AUGCGAGGUAUCAUACUUCGUCAAGAGGAAGAGUUGCGUCGAUUAAGGCAACCGGCACCGGCUGCCCCUGUUGAGCAAGUGUUACCACCAGUGCCUGUGCCAGUGGUGGGUAACCAGGGGUUUAUGAUGCCGCAUAGAGAUUCCGUGUUUGAGCGGUUUGUGAAGCUGCAACCUCCUACUUUUCUGGGAGGUACUGACAUAAUUAAAGCUGAGCAAUGGAUGAGUACAAUCACCCGUAUCCUUGAUAAUAUGGGAGUGACGGGAACAGAGAGAGUGAAUUGUGCAGCUUUCAUGUUACAAGAUCAUGCCCGCGUCUGGUGGGAUAUUGUGGGACAGACUCGUGAUGUCAAUGCAAUGACUUGGGAUGAGUUUAAGAAUUUGUUUGAAGAAAAAUUUUAUAACAUCGCUGUGAGGACUUCACACAUGGAAGACUUUGUGAAAUUAACUCAGGGGAAGAUGUCUGUGGCCGAAUACACUCUAGAGUUUGAUCGGCUGUCCAAGUUUGCUGAGCUAGCCUUAAUUGCUGAGGAGGCUGAGCAUCAGGUAAUAAAGGAGCAGACUGCAAAGGAUGUUGUCACGGCAUCAAACCCUGCUGCUAGUGGUAAUAUCAGUAAAGGGACCGACAGUGGUAACACUGAUCACAAACGAAAGGUUGAUGCUUCCGGAACAUCAGGGGGUAACAGGAAGUUUCAGGGAAACAGAGGUGGCCGCCAGGGCCGCGGAUCUUCAUUCAGGUCUUAUCCCGGGUGUCCUAAAUGCAAGAAGCACCAUCAGGGUGAAUGUUGGGCCAAGAUAUGCUUCCAGUGUGGCAUGGUGAGCCACUUUAUCGAAGAUUGUCCUCAGGCCAAGAAAGAGGAACCUAAGAAGAAUACUACACAAAACCUGAGGUAA